AAGUCACAGCUACCACUCCGUGUGUACCCGCCAUCCAAUGACAUCUCCACACAGUGACAUCAUACAUAAAUGUCACCCCUCAAUGUUCUGAGAUACCUAGGAAGACCUCUCUGAGGAGAUGGCAUUUGAGCUGAAGCCUGAAGUUUGAGAAGGAGUUAGCUAUGGGAAGAACUUGGGGCGAUGCAUAAGAAACAGGGAGAUAAAGAAAGGCAAAGGCACUCAGGCAGGAGCGUCAGGCUCAAGGAACAGCAAGGAGGCUAGUUUCGCUGAAGAGAAGUGACUGAGAGGAACUACGGGGGAGUGGAGAUGUAAGGUUAGAGAGGAAAACAGGGGCCAGAUCAGUCUUCUGCGACCAUGAGAAAAAGUUUGGCUUUUAAGAACAUAUGGAAACCAAAAAGGUAAAAGUGCCAAGUCAUUUACGGUCAGAGAAGAUCUACUCUCCGGAGGGCGGCUCCUCUUUCAAAACUUCCAAGCUCACAGGUGACACACCUCUUCUAAGUCCCAGCGAAACUGCUUUCGGAUUGGACAGAUCCAGGAAUACGUUUCUAACCUUUUUGCGGUCGAAUUGGACGGAGCUCAUUGUAAUUGGCUACGAGCUUUCCCUCUCUUCCAAUCAGACCGCUCUUCGAGAGAGUGCUUGCGUCCCCAUUCCCCUGGUGAGUUGAGUGAGCUCUGUGAUCGGCCCUCUUCGUAUGAAUGACAGCAGACACAUCCUAUGGGCUCAAAGACGCGACUGCAAUGUCCGGCACUUUCCGGCACCUCUAGCCCUACUGAGGGUUGUGCAAUAGCAGCCCCGGCUGUCAAGGCGUGAGUCCCGCUCCGUGCCCACCAUCCCCAGCGACGCCUGCAUUAUGGCCGCCCCACCGCAGCUGCGGACUCUGCUCUUUGCGGUCAACGCACUGUUGCGCAAGCGCCGCUACCACGCAGUCCUGGCCAUGCUGAAGGGCUUCCGGAACGGGGCCGUCUAUGGAGCCAAAAUCCGGGCCCCCCACGCGUUGGUCAUGACCUUUCUUUUCCGGAGUGGCAGCCUCCGGGAGAAGCUGCGCGCCAUCCUGCAGGCCACGUACACCCACUCCUGGAACCUGGCCAGGUUUGUGUUCUUCUACAAGGGACUCUGUGCCCUGCUGUCCCACGUCCAGGGCAAGACCUACCAGGCACACUCAUUCGUGUCUGCCUUCAUCGGGGGCUUGCUGGUGUUUGGAAACAACAGUAACAUCAACAGCCAGAUCAGCAUGUAUCUGCUAUCCCGCACCCUGUUUGCCCUGUGCCGCCUGGGUGUGGAGAAGGGCUUCAUCCCCGAACCCAGGUCGGACCUGUUUCCGUGGUUCACAGCGCUGGUGUGGGGGCUGGUCCUGUGGCUCUUCGAGUACCACCGGCCCACCCUGCAGCCCUCACUGCAGUCGUCCAUGACCUACCUGUACGAGGACAGCAACGUGUGGCAUGACCUCUCGGACUUCCUUAUCUACAACAAGAGCCAACCCUCCAAGUAACAGCACCCCAGGUGCUCAGGAAGGCUCCUGCACCCCAGUCAGGUGACGGAGGUGUCCAGCCGCGGCUCGAGAUUGGCUCCAUCUGCUAACCAUCCCGGAGGAUCCUACGCCUUCAAGAUCUGGAGUCUCAGACUCUAACUUUUAUUAGCCCAGGGUUCCAUUUGGCGAAAUGGAAGCACUGAUUAUCAGUUCUCGUUAGGUACUCUUGAAUAGUGGAACGAGCCACCGAAUCAGGCUGAGGAGCCUUGGGCACGGUGAUGGCUGCUGAAUCUUGAGAGACCAGGGAAGGUCACACCCCACCCUGGGCCUCAGGGAUCAUCCAGGCCAGAGGAGGGCCCCGAAGUCUCUUUCUGGUGGGUAUGUUCUCUGACCAUUCUUCUAUAGCAGAGGGCUUCUGGCUGGGGGGCAGUGGGUUGCAAAAAUGCAUUUUUAGGCAACACUCUUUUCCUUGCCUUGGGUGUUCUAUUGUAGAAGCUCCAGCGUUUCCACUGUCCAACAGAAACACAGUGUGAGACAUAUGUGACUGAGCUUUUUUUAGCAGACACAGUUUUUAAAAAGUGGAGGGAAUUCCUGGUGGUCCAGUGGUUAGGACUUUGCUGCCAAGGGCAGGGCUUCUAUCCUUGGCUGGGGAGCUCAGAUCCCACAUGCCACGAGGUAUGGGCCCCCCCAAAAAAAAAAAUGUGGGGAGAGAAAGAAGCAGAGAUGAUUAACCUUAAUUAUAUCUUUGAACCCAAUGUUUCUCAAAUGUUAUCAUUUUAAUGUGUGCUAAAUAUAAAAAUAAGAUAUUUUACUUUUUUUUAAA